AUGCCCAACACAUUAUCACAAGACGAGAUGCGUGGGCAGGGCAUCUUUCCCUCGGAUAUACCGCUUGAUUACCAAUUCAGUUCCGCUAUUGAUUCGAGCCUUAGUUAUCAGCAAUUGGAGGAUCACCGGGAUCAGGAGGACCAGAUGCUUAGUUCACGGAUGUCAGGAUUAUCUGUUCAGACGAAUCCUUCAUGGUCUGGGAAUGUGAUGCAGAAGCAGGCUAGUUUGCAUCUGUCGUUUGGGCAGGUGCAGCAAAUGCAACCAGAACAAGCACAGCAAAUACAGCAGAUCCAUCAACAACCAGAACAAAUGCAACAGCAACAAAUGCAACAGCAACAAAUGCAACAGCAACAAAUGCAACAGCAACAAAUGCAUCAACAGCAAAUGCAACAACAACAACAACAACAACAACAACAACAACAACAACAACAACAAAUACAACCAGAACAAAUGCAACAACAACAAAUACAGCAAAUGCAUCAACAACUACCCCACCACCAGUUCCAGUACUUGCAGCCGCACCAUCUGCUGAAGCAGCCACCAGCCUCAUCGCCUUUCUUCUACCCUGCACAGUCGUCGCACGCGUCGUUCUCGGACGAAUUCUAUUCCUCACCGCACUCGUCGGUCAGCUCGAUAAGCAGAGAGUCUGUUUUCUCGCCUGCACAGCCGUUUCUCUUCGGCGGCAGCUCAGCCACAACCAGCCACAGCAGCAGCUUCAGCCGCAGCAACAGUUCGAGCAGCACGGCCAACCGGAACUCCUUUAGUGCGGGAAACACCCAGGGGUCCGCAAGAGCUACUCGGAGACCGAGCUAUCUAGCAGAGCCCUUCUUCCAGACACAGUUUGCAUCCGCACCUAUCCCAGGGCAGGCCCCGGAUUCGUCCGGCCUAACACCUCGCACCUCCGGCGGCCCAUCUGCCACACCUCGCACCUCAUGCGACUCUUCAGGCUCCCCAGCCUCCUCCUGUGCCACCAUCACUGCCCAGGGUCGCCCCCAGUACGCGCUGCCGCCAAGACAGCACUCGUUUCCCUUCACAUCCGUACCCCAGACUCCGGGAUUCGACAGGUGUAGGGAGUACUCGGCACCGGCCUUGCAGACGACCGGAAUCGACGCGUCGUUUGUUGGGGCUCCCGCCGGCUGCUUCAAAGUCCCGCGGGUAUCCUCCGUGUCCGAGGUGGCCGUUCCGCCGGAACAGCCCGACCAUCCAGCGGGCAAUUUCGUCCACUUGGAAGACGGCCUACUUUUGGACCGCGCCUCGAACACGAUCGUCGGCUCGCGGCAACUCCGAGCCAAAUUUCGCCUGUGCACGCCCUAUUUCGGCGAUUUAGCCGUUGCCAUGGAUGUGAUUGGCCAGAUGGAGCGGCUUCUAGGCGGUGCAGACUUGCCACGGGCCACUUGGGGGUCCACAGCCUCGUCGAUCGACCCACUUUUGACAAGCUCCAGCUUGAUGCAUCCAUCACACCCCCUAAAUUCCGCCCCAAUCGAUGCGUUGAGGGCUCCCUUGCCCCUCCUGCAGAAGCGCACAAACAAGCUGUUGGAUUUUCUACUAACGCAAAACACAGACUUGAAGUCCACCUGCCACAUGGCGGCCAAAAACUACUCGCUCAUCCUCAACAAAAACGGCCGUCUGGACAUCAUCUCCUUCCCCAGAAAGUCCAAUUUGCAGUUGUCAGCCCAGGAUAUCAUAAUAAUAGAGGGCGACAGGGGGAAAGACCUCGUCAUGGUGUUGAAGCCAGUCGUCGAAUUCCGCUUUGCGUUGUUUUUCAACUACUUGAAGAAAAAACUACAUCUCAAAAGCCUCGAGUUCGGCAACUCCGGAUGCUCCGGAAGCAGAAAGAAGGACCGUGGUAACAACAACAAUAACAACAACAAGUCUUCGAAGAAGUCUAGGUCCAUAAUCAACGAAGACGAAAACUUCAUCACUCUUCCAAACAAGCAGAUUCUCCGGUUCGCCAAGCCACAGGAACUCAACCAGCUCCUCUCCAAAUACAACGACGAGUUGGUCGCACUUAAAAUCUGCCUCAACUAUGCCUCCUCGCUCAACUUGAACUUGAUCAUUAAGAACGUCGAGUUCCAGUUCGACAAGAAGAAACUCAUCAUAUACUAUUAUUGUCUCCAACGGCUGGAUUUCCGUGGGCUCAUCAAAGAACUAUUCAAAGUGUACAAGACUCGAAUCUGGCUAUGUGCCAUCCUCCCCUUGGAAAAAAGCUCCCAGCCCCUCAUUGACUACGAAAUGGGCUCCAGGGGCAUUAUCAAGGAUGAUAAAUCCUACAGGUCCGAGACCAAUGUUGUCAAAGACGACUUGCCGGGCACAGACCAACUCUAUAAUCUUGCUGACAUUCAACAUCCCUUGAGUUUCCACUCCCGGAUAUUCGCCAGUCUCAUUGAUGUCUACAGUUACGAAAUAUCCCACCCGGAGACCUUUGGCGAUAAAUACCGGUUUCUAGGUGGCGAUUUCAAGGCAUAG